GCUAAAGUUUCUUGCAGACCACGCUCGGCCACAGUCCUUUCGGCAGAGCAUGCGUAUAUGUCCGAGGAAGACCUGGAUUCUAAGUGUGUCGCGAGGGAACCUUUCUAUUUUGUGCUGGACAAAAAUGCUUGUCAGAAAACCUAUUCUAUUCACCGAUCCCUCGCUUUACCUGAACCAAUGUACGGUGUUUUAGAGCCUGAGACUCAGACCUCUCCAGAGGAACCUGGUGCCCAGUUCUGGAAACCAGCCGAUACAGAAGAAGAAUUGUAUCAACAAUUAUCACGUGAGAUCAAGAGAGAUCAAAUAGAGCUUGGAACAGAGAGACUCGGAUCUGGGGCGUUUGGCCACGUGUUGCUUGGUGUCUGGCAAAAGUCCCCAGGAAUUCCAAUCCAGGUUGCUGUCAAGAUGCUGCGUGACUCUUCUCAUCGAGAAAACAAAAUUAAAUUCCUUCAAGAAGCAGCCAUCAUGAGGCAAUUCACGCACAAGAAUGUAGUCUAUAUGUACGGAAUUGCUGCAAAUUCUGAACCGGUGAUGAUCGUUCUUGAAUAUAUGAGCCUUGGAAAUUUAAAGAACUAUCUUCGUCGGUUAGAUAACAAAUAUGGCGAGAAUAUCCUCUUACAGGAAGACACCAAGAGUCAGUUUCUGCGCAUGGCACGUGAUAUUGCCGCUGGAAUGCAGUAUCUUCAUAGCCUCGCUUUCGUUCAUAGGGAUCUAGCUGCGAGAAAUAUCCUCCUAGACUCCGACAUGACAUGCAAGAUUGGGGAUUUUGGUAUGUCACGUGAUCUAGUAGAAGGCGAUUAUUACACGAGUCGUGGAGGACGGAUACCAGUUAAAUGGACCGCUCCUGAGGCUAUUAACUAUGGAAAAUAUUCAAGUUCGAGUGAUGUUUGGAGUUACGGGAUUGUUCUAUACGAGAUUUGGUCUUUAGGCCACAAGCCGUACGAGAAUCUUGAUAACAAUGAGGUUAUCGAGGCUGUGUCACGUGGUUAUCGUCUUCCCCCUUCAUUACAUUGUCCCUCCAUGUUGUACCGUCUGAUGGUAGACUGCUGGCAUCCUGAAAGUCAGUAUCGACCUAGAUCAUACCAGAUAUAUCACUGUCUAUGUUUCAGCCACCAGAGCGUCUUUUUAGAUGACUCUUUAUGCAUAAAACAAAGAUCACAGUCUGAAGGACCAUCUGUAGAUACACCAACUUAUAUGGACCUUAAAUAUGUAUAUGCAGUCACAGAAUGAACUAUAGAUGCAAGUUCAUGAGAUAGAAUUAUGACGCUUCAUGCAUCAAGGAUCAAAGUACGAAGGACCAUCUGUAAAUGCAUUAACCUAUAAAGACCGACCUUACAUAUGUAUACGCAGUCACAGAAUGAACUAUAGAUGCAAGUUCAUGAGAUAAAAUUAUGACACUUCAUGCAUCAAGGAUCAAAGUACGAAGGACAAUCUGUAGAUGCAUCAACCUAUAUAGACCGACCUUACAUAUGUAUAUGCAGUCGAAGAGUUAGAUAUAGACACAUCUACAAGUCAAUGCAACACACUGAUUCUGACCCCUCGAGCAUCAAACGAGGAUUCCAAGUUCGAAGCAUCAUAUAUGUACAGAUACAUCAACACUGUCCCAGAUAAACAUGCAGUCACGUGCAAGUUGAUUAGAUGGAAAUCUUGAAGAUUAUCAAUGGCAUUCGAAUCUCAAUAUGAUCCUGCCUGUCAAUGCGCGUACGAAACCCCGACUGUAAAUCUGAGCCUAGCCUGUUAUCUGGACUUAAGAUGAAUCUAGCCGAGCUCAUUUUCGUGUUGGUCUUUGACCUACCACCUCCCGCACGAUAGACCGCUGUUCAAACAGAUACGAGCGGGAUGACUGCAUGUUUAUGUUUCUCCGGUGUCGCCGGACUUUAGGUUCACAAUGCAACAGUAUAAGGUUGUGUUUAGUUAUGGAAACCUUAAUAAUUUCAUAGUUUCCAGUUGACUAUUUUUCUUGAGAAUAACCAGCCCGGGAAGAAGGAGUAAUAUACUAUGAUAGACCUGGAUCUGGUUGGUCACAGAUACUACUUUCAAGCAAGUGAUUGAGAAAGCUUUGAAAAUUGGAAUUUUUUGUUCACUUAGCAACCAAUAGAGGUUUUGCACCAUCACGUGCCCACGCCUAUGAUACAGCGUGGACUGCCUUUGGUCGUCAAUACAGACUUUGCACCACCAUGGCACCCAUGACAGGAGGCAUAAACAUUUGAAUUUGGACUAAUCUGAUUUACACCAGACAGAAUUCAGAGGAAAAUACUGUAUCGUUGUGCCUACUGUCACGGCUGCCAUCGCGUGAUGGUGCAAAGCCUUUAUUCCUUACCAUUUUCUGAGCAAAUGAAAUUGAAAGCGAUAAAUAUUUUAUGGACGUCAUCAAAGUGGGUGAAAAAACCGUUCUUUUUUA